AUGAGGAAUCACACAUUGCUGAAUGAAUUCAUUCUAUGGGGAAUACCUCAGACAGAGGGACUGGAGGCUGUACUCUGUGCUGUCUUCUCAUUCAUCUACCUCUUCACCCUACUUGGAAAUUUACUCAUCCUUAUAGCGAUUGUUUCUUCCUCUACCCUUCACACUCCUAUGUAUUUCUUCUUGGGACUCCUGUCUACUUUUGACAUAUUGUUCCCAUCUGUAACAUGUCCCAAGAUGCUAUUGUAUCUCUCUGGCCAGAGCCCAGUCAUUUCUUUUAAGGGAUGUGCUUCACAGCUCUUCUUCUAUUACUUGCUGGGUUCUGCUGAAGGCUGCCUCUAUUCUGUGAUGUCUUAUGAUCGCUUUGUUGCCAUACGUCACCCACUGAGAUAUAUGCUCAUCAUGAAGCCUAGAGUCUGUGUCGGCUUGGUCGUGGUAGCCGGCUUGGUGGGUUGUCUUCACGCCACCAUUCUGACCUCCUUUACCUUUCAGUUGUCCUACUGUGGCCCCAAUCAGGUGGACUACUUCUUUGACAUUCCUGCUGUUUUACCCCUGGCUUGUACUGACAGUGCCCUGGCCCAGAGGGUGGGUUCCAUAAAUGUUGGCUUUCUGGCUUUAACACUUUUGAUCAGUGUCUGUGUCUGCUACACUCGCAUUGGGAUUGCCAUCUUGAGAAUCCGCUCAUCAGAGGGCAGGCAGAAAGCCUUCUCCACCUGCAGUGCUCACCUUGUUGCAAUCCUCUGUGCCUAUGGACCUGUAAUCGUCAUCUAUCUGAAGUCCACACCCAACCCCUUGCUUGGUGAGGUGCAAAUAUUAAAUAAUGUUGUCUCACCCAUGCUGAACUCGUUAAUCUAUUCCUUAAGGAACAAGGAAGUGAAAAGGUCCCUGAAAAGAGUAUUCCGAAAUGUUUUACUUACUGUUUGUGAAUAA